UCAGGAGGCCACGGUCAAGAUGGCGCGUGGAUCACAAGCAGCAGUGGCGGCGGUAGUGGUGGUGACGGUUGGCGUGUUAGUGGGGAGUGUCUCUGCUGUCUUUCCCUAUGGUUAUUACGGCGCUCCAUCCGUUGUCUACCGCACGCCCACCUACUACAAUGCCCCGCCCAUCUCAUACCCGGCGAUAUACACCGAUGUGCCUAUGCGUCCCAAUACUGUGAGGGAAGAUGUGAGGGCGCUGCUUCCGUGUCCCAAUGAAGGCUUCUUUGUUCACCCUACCAACAGCUCCCGCUUCUACAGGUGCGUUGAUCCUAUAGGGACUGGCAAGCUGUUCGUCAGGUACAUGUUUGAGUGCCUAGCUGGCUUUGUCUUCGUCCCUGAUCCUGGAGUCGAAACUUGCAUUCCCGGAUCGGCCGUUGCCAUAGGUUCUGGGCAACCACCUACCACUGGGCCUUCUGCAGGAACUUCUGUGUCUCCAGUAACCCCUACCGUUUCUUCUGCUCCUGUUACUGACCCUCCAGUCACCGUUGCUCCUAUCACUAACCCUCCAGCCACAGCUGCUCCAGUCACUAACCCUCCAGUCACCGAUAUUCCUGUCACUAGCCCUCCAGUGACUGUUCUUCCUGCCACAGACACUCCCGUCUCCGUUCCUGCGACAGCUGCUCCUGUUUCGCCAGCAGAAAGCACUCCUCCUCCUUCCCCAGAUGAUGGUUGCAAUGGCCAGUACGAGCAGCAUGAGAUGUACUGCAACGUGUACCGACGGUGCAAUGAAACAGACACACGUUACAUGUGUCCUCAGGGAACAGCCUUCAACGAACAGCGGCAAAUGUGCAGGAUUAGCGCCUACGAUGAAGAGCUGUGUAGGGGCAAGAUGGUGGGAGCUGCAUCAUCCCAGACCCGUGCUGAGCUGGUGGACGGACACAUCCUCUUGCCAGAAGACGCCGUGCUCGUGCCGAUCUUUGCCUUCCCUCACACCCAAACUCAAGUGGCGACAAACUCACACUCCCUCAGAACCCCAACCGUUCCCCAAUCUCAUCCAUACAAUCACCCUCAUCCUGGUUCUGAUUACCCUGUCUCUCCCUAUUCCACCAAAGUUGCGUCCCAAAGUCUGUCCCUAGUUAGACCAAGCCCCUGGGCAUCUCUGUACGCGGCUGGAGGUUACGGUUCUCAGCCUGUGUCAGUGAACAACGUUAGGAAUCCGCAGACCCACUUGCAUUUCCCUUACCAUUAUUCCUACACUCAAGGGGGCUCAGACGUGGGGCUGGGAUAUGGGCUUCCUUACUACACGGUUUAAGUAUUGUAGGUGACAUGGAUCCUUUAUUUUGGGUAUCCGAAUCCUCAAGUAGUUCCAGGGAAUCUUAAUUUUGAAUAUCGUUUACUAUUACGCUGAGAGUAGAAUGAGGAUGAGGAAAAAUGAUCGAAGAGUAUUAAAAGGAAUAAGAUAUGGAAAGGAUUAGAAAGAAAUAUAGCAACUAAUAGGGUAAAUUAAAGAAGAAAUUACAAGAGAAAGAGAAUGGGAGAGACGGUGACCACUGGACAGUAUGGCGGCUGUGGCGGUGGUGGUGGGAGGAGGUGAAUUGACGCAAGUUUAUUGAAGGGGAAAGACUUAUUAGGUAAGAGAGAGAGAGAGAGAGAGAGAAGCAUACUCUAAGAAGAUAGACAUUAAUACAUAUCCAACCUUUCCCUCCCCAUAGAAAUUCCAACAACUGCUGUUACUACUACUACUGCUACUACUACUACUACUACUACUACUACUACUACUACUACUACUACUA